AACAACCCUCUCUUCUUCACAAUCUCCAAAUUUAAUACCUCUGAGCAGAGCCAGAGUCAGCUCCGCCGCUUCUCUUCCUCCUCCGACCACCGCGCUGCCAUGGCCCACACCGCUCUCCUCUCCUACCUCCUCGUCUUCUCCGCCAUCUCCGCCGCUUGCGUCGCCUCCGACCCCGACAUGCUCCAAGACGUCUGCGUCGCCGACACCUCCUCCGGGCCGAAAUUGAACGGGUUCCCCUGCAAGCCGGACACCAACGUUUCCGCCGCCGACUUCUUCUUCGCCGGAAUCGCCAACCCGGGGGUCGUCAACAACUCCCUCGGGUCCCUCGUCACCGCCGCCAACGUCGAGAAGGUCCCUGGGCUGAACACGCUGGGCGUCUCCCUGUCCCGCAUCGACUACGCGCCGGAGGGGCUGAACCCGCCCCACACGCACCCACGCGCCACCGAGGUCGUGUUCGUCCUCGAGGGCGAGCUGGACGUCGGGUUCAUCACCACCUCCAACAAGCUGAUCUCGAAGUCGCUGAAGAAGGGCGAGGUGUUCGUUUUCCCCAGGGGGCUGCUCCACUUCCAGAAGAACAACGGGAAGAAGCCCGCGGCGGUGAUCGCCGCCUUCAACAGCCAGCUGCCGGGGACCCAGUCGAUCGCCGCCACUCUGUUCUCGGCGACUCCGGCGGUCCCCGACAAUGUCCUGACCAAGGCGUUCCAAGUCGGGACGAAAGAGAUCGAGAAGAUCAAGUCCAAGUUCGCGCCCAAGAAGGCGUAAAUUGGCGGGGGUUUUCAUUUUCUUGAUGUAAUGGGAAUUUCAUUGAAAAGUGGAGAAAAUAAUAAAAUCAUCGCUGCUGGUGAAGAGGAAAUGACUUUUCUUUUUGUUAUUUAUUUUUAGAAAUUUCAAAUUUGUAUCCUUCUGUGCUGUC